AUGGAUAAUCUCAGCCUUUCAAUUCUAGCAUCGAGGCCAGUGGCUUCCUCCUCUCGCGCCUCCGCGUCGGUGCCCCCCGUCCCCCGGCUUGCCUAUCAAGUCUUUCUAUCCCGGAGACUAUAUCUACUCUGGAUUCGAGCUGCGCAAGCCUAUGAUCGAACACUCAUCGGCAACGUGAUGAACGGUCUCGAGUUUGAGGUCGAGUUCUCGCUGGUGCUGACACGUCCCGAGAUCAAGCAUUCCGUCAGCGCCUUCACCAUCCUUAUCCAGGCCGAACCCUACUCCAACAUGGUGGCCGGCGAGCCUUGGGGGCAAGAAACACUCUACCUUAAUGAUGAGGGCAUCGGCUUCAUCACGGUUGAGAUGCAGGAGCGUGGUCUGCGCCGCGAACGUGUCGACCCGAUCGUCAUGGGCGAUCCCUGCUUCGAUAUGCCUUUCUGCGAUUGGUUUAAUCGCGGCGAAGGUAAGGUUUACGAAGAUGUGCACAAUAUCUGCACUGACGACUUGCGUGUCGGCAUCCACAUGCGAGACCUGAGCAUCCGCGACGUCCAGUGGGUCCACCGCCUUCCCGGCGGCCACUUCCACGCUCUCGUGAUGGAAUUUGACAGCGAUCUCGACGAAGAACUAUGGUGGCCUCUCGAGGUGAAGAUCCGACAGCGCCUCGACCAGGAUGAAAAGGAUGACCUCAAUCAUCUUCCCAUCAUCUUCAAUUGGCGAAUCUCUAUUGUAUAA